ACCUCUGGAUCCGGUCCACCUGGGGUGGUACCGGAACUCAGAACCAAAAGAAGAAGAACCAGUUCCGGUUUUGUUAAGAUGUGUGCGGACCUUAGUUGGACCAACCGGACCCUGUUGGUCUGCGAUCGGUCCAGUUUCCUGGACCACAAGAACCGGGUCAGCUCUCAGGUGGAGCAGCUGCACUUCACCUACAAGGUAUCUCUACUGUUACCUGGGUGUAGCUCCACCCCCUCCUACCUGGACUCUGUAUUAAAGAGCUUCACCAGUUUCUACCUGAUCAGGAAGCUGCCAAUAUAUGAACUCCUGGACAAAGACUUCCUGAAGAGAGCCGUUUACCAGGGUGCUGUGUACGGCCUGUCCUUCAGGACACGGAUGGAUGAAGACAACUGUGUUGCUUUGAUGCCAAACGGACACCUGGUUCUGUCCCUGGACAAAGACUCGUUUGAGGUGUUGGGCUUUGAAGGGAAACCGUCCAGAUUCAACCACAGAUGGGUGGUCUCUGUGGAUCUGACAGACCGCAGCAUGGCUCCAGGUGGGCGGGGCUAUCUGAAGCUCCUGACAGGUCUGAAGUCCCGCCUUCAGCUGCAGACUGACUUCCUGCUGUCACAUCAUCCAGGGGGCGGGGCCUCUCUGCAGCCCCUCCUGUCUCGUUAUGAUUGGUCGGAGCACAAACCCGAGGUCAGCCGUCGCUGUCUGAACGACCUGACCUGCCCCUCCCCCCGGUCAUGUGACCCCCACAGCCUCCUGGAGUGGCUGGGGGCUGUGGACGCAGACGUCAGCAGUGAGAACUCGUCCAGCAGCUUCCUGUCUUCACUGGUGUGUCCUGAGGCCGACAGCAGGCUGCGUCACGCUCUGAGUGUGUGUGUCAGUGGUCUGCUGCUGCCGGACCACCUGCUGCGCCUCAUCCAGGAGCUCAGGUACCACCUGCAGCAGCCUCAGCUGGAGUCCUGGGUGUCCCUGACCGUCCACGGCUUCACCGACAGUCCUGUGUCCUGGGGGGACGGACAGCAGAGGGUCUCCAACGGAGGACACACCUUCUACAGCCUGAUGAUGUUCCAUGACCACACCUACCACCUGUACAGGUCCCCAGGGACCCCCCACACCGGUCCACCCUGAGGACAGACCCCUCACAGCUGUCCACCCUGAAGAAAGACCCCCACACCUGUCCACCCUGAAGAAAGACCCCCACACCUGUCCACCCUGAAGAAAGACCCCCACACCUGUCCACCCUGAAGACAGACCCCCACACCUGUCCACCCUGAAGAAAGACCCCCCACACCUGUCCACCCUGAGGACAGACCCCCCACACCUGUCCACCCUGAGGACAGACCCCCACACCUGUCCACCCUGAAGACAGA